AUGCCAGAAAACUUAUACCAAAGUAAAGACGAGACCAUGGAACCAGACAACGAUGUAACGGAAGAUGAAGAGCUGAAUACCAGGUUGGGGCUUCAUAAAUUUGGCCUUGUACAGGAAUACUCACCUGAAUUGUGGCAAGAAUAUGACGUUGUCGUUGUCCACGGUAUUCACCAGACACACUGGACAGAUGAUGCGUGGCAGCCGGGCAGUGGAGCAAAGAGCAGCGCCAGUUGGAUCGGUGAUUCUUUAGGACUCAAAUCUGGAAGAAUUGCUCAUUUCCAUUAUCAAAUAGAUAAUGCUCCAUCAAAUGCUCUAUUCGUAGAGGGAAACGAAAGAGAAGCACAGAAUCUGCUAGAUGGUCUGGUCCAGAUGAGAUUGGAAUUCCACGAGUAUUCGCAGAGUCGUGGAUUUGAUGGUGUCAACUUGGAUAUGCGCCCCAUAAUCUUCGUCACUCACGACAUUGGCAGCCUUAUUGUCAAAAAGGCCCUCACUCUCGCCACGAGACAUCCUGCCAAAUAUGGAGACAUCCCCUACUGUACAAGUAAUUUGAUAUUCUUGGGAUGUCUUAACCGCGGUACCCGCUCCACAAUAGAGGAUUCGAUCGCGCGGCUGCUCUUAUUGCCUGGAGGCUCUCCACAAGUACAUCUGUUAGACUCCAUUCACGCAUUGACAAGGACUGUCCAGCAGGUAAAACUCCUUUUCAUUCUUGUUCACUCACGCGGCGCCUCGCAUUACAAAGAUAUCAAACUCAACGCGCGUACAUCUCAGUUUCACAAGAUCCUUCUUUCUCUGGCGCCACCAAUUGUUCCACCGAAUCCAGAUGAUUUUGGGUGGCAACUAGAUGAACUGGCAGACCGGGUCAUGGGCAGCGACCAGUACAAGUUGUGGAACAGCCAGCCAGCUAUGGGCGUUUUACACAUUAAAGCCUCGCUGAAUACGAGGCUGAUAUCAGAGAAGCUCUAUGCUCGAUUGCUAGAUGAACGCAACUCAGGAAAUGUCUACUUUUUUGCCUUUCGGAGAAACGAUGACCGGUUCAACACUGCCGGGGCAAUGCUUGCCAGUCUCAUCUGUCAGCUUGUUAGCAAGUGUCAAACUUUCGGAGGUGCCGAUGAGGCCUUGAAAAUGCUACCAAAGGAGUGGACAAGAGCCUGCAGGACGGAGAUACAGGAUUCCGAGGAAGGGGGAGUCAGACUGUGGGGCAGUACUAUGAAAUCAAUUUACGGCGUCGAGUUGAGUCGACUCACUCAAAAGAAACCAACAUACCGCUUUUUCUUGGAGGAUAUAAGGGAGAUUCUCACGGAUUGCGGCGACAACCAUCAGCUUGGUCUUUUGAUGGUUGAUUGGCUCGCCAACUAUGGACCAUCUGGCUCACAAUCCGGGAUAAGAAAAACGCUGAAAUCGUUGUCAUCCGCUACGCCUCGAGCAGUUAUAGAUACCGUUGUCAUCUCUUUCGGGAACCGAGAGAAAAGAGCCCGAGAAAUGCUCUCUUGGGUCAAGUACACUUUCGAAUCGCUCACAAUACGAGAGUUGGCUAUUGCUAUGAAGUUAGAAGACGGAGUUGGCGAUGAAGAUAUCGACGAGAUCCGUAGCGACAUCUUGAAAUUCGGCCUCGUCUUCUCCUUUUCCGAAUAUGAGGUCGAUUUCUCACAUGCCAUGUACCCUCACGAGGAAGCCAAGCCUGAUGAACAGGCGGCAGCCCACGCGUGGAUAGCUUCGCUCUGUAUUCGCUAUCUGAGCUUCCCAAGCGUAAGAGAGCGAGCAAGGAAGAUGUGUGAGCGUUAUGCUUCUGCGACGCCAGUCUCGAGACCAAGGCAACAUCUCAUAUCGUAUGCCGUCAGAUAUUGGCCAAAACAUUACAAGUGCGCAGGGACCAAGAAACCAACAACUGCAGCAAAGGCGUUUUUUCAAGAUGCUGAGACCAGAAAGGUGUGGGCUCAGGCCCGCUACGUCUUGUCCAACCCCGUAACUCGUCUGGAGAGGCACCACCUCUCACCUCUCCCAUUCAUUGCAAUGGCCGGGUUGGAUGAUUUAUUGACUGCUCAGAUCGAAGAUGAAAGGGAAAUGGCUACCUUCUCGGCCAACACUGGCCUUGCGUUGAUCGAAGCAGCCAGCAAUGGCGAUGGUCAUAUGGUGAGGCUGCUGGCUGAGGCAAGCAGCCCCAACAAAGAGACAAUCUCGGAGGCUCUAGUAAUGGCUGCUACUGUCGGAGCCGAAGAUGUAUUAAACUAUUUAAUAAAUGAAGCGGCGAAAACCGAAUCCUUUGAUUGGCCAUCUAUCCUGUUCCCUCGAGUGGCAUGGCUCGGUUUGGCUCGUACGGCACAGUUGCUGCUCGAGACAGGCGCCAAUAUACCUCAAUCAGGCGAUUCAUUUGAGGAAUCAACGCUUCAAUUUGCUGCAAAAACGAAGAACAGCGGUGUAUCGAAAAAGUUUUGCGACGUUCAUCUUUGCUUUCGACAAAGUUCAAUUCUACACCCGGGACACAGUUUCGAGCUCAAUGGAGCGUCUGGAGAAGAGUCAGAAAGUGAAGACUCAGAUGGAGGUGGCGUAAAGCUAUCUCGAGAAGCGUAUGAGGACGAAUUUUACGAAGAUGAACUUGACGAGCAGGAUAGUGAUGACAGUAGCUAG